AACUUGCAGUGUUCUGUGUAUGUUUCAUUCUCACUUCUGAAUCAUUCAUCAAAUUUCCCCUUCUCCACCUCCAGUCCUAAUAUUAUUGUUGCCCUGCUCAAUUUUAUCUUCUCUUGCGCCGUCGCAAAGCAUUGAGAUUUGAGGGAGAGAUAGAGUUCAUUCACUUUUCUCCACUGCACUUUCAUCCCUGUAGUAGCCUCUUCAUUUCUCCCCAUCUCUACAUCACGCAUUCUAAAAUCAAAGAUUAGAGAUGGUGGUGUCUGUUUCUAGCUGGAACUCCUACCUUUCAGGUACUUUUCAACUUACAACUGACAUAAAGUCUCCCACACAGCCAUUCCGAAUUCAUUGCUCCAAUAGGUUCAGUUUCAGAGAGCAUUCUUCUGUUCAACUGACACCUAAGAAAAUAACUAGUGUAAAGAUUGAGCAUACAUCUUUUGCGAGUCAUGAUAUCAAAUGCUAUUCAUAUGUCCAAAGAAAUCAUCAGCAUUUGAGAGAUGAUGAUGACAACAAGCCAUUUUUCGGGUUCUUAAUGGAGCCGUUCAGGGUAACUAAGACUUUACUAUCAUUUCUGGCUGAACAGCCAAGUCAGCUGAAGUACAUAGAAUGGCCAAGCAUCCAGAGCACGCUGAAGACGGCAAGUCUUGCACUCGUUCUUGUUGUUUUGUUUAUCAUUGCAUUAUCGUCAGUUGAUUCUGCCCUAUGUUUUCUAUUGGCUUUGCUUUCAAGGAGGGCAGCAUGAUACAAGAAUUGUGUGUUUCAUGCUGAAAGGUAACCAGAUCUGGCAAAUGCUGUUCUUCACAUGUAUCCCUAAACCUAGUACUAAUGGCAUAUUCUUUGGCAUUGCCACAUGAAGUGCCUUCUGAAUUUCUCAGAAGGAACAAUUUUGCCGACGUAUGUGUACAUUCCCUGAUUGUCUCUGUACGCUGCCAUCCACAUUCACUUUAAUGGAAUUACUAUCUGCCCUUUUUCCAUCCAACUAAAGCUUUGCGUUUUAGUCAAAGUUUUCUUUUGAUUAUUUUUAUAUGUGAUCGAUAUUCUAGGCCAACUUUGUUCAGAGAAAAUCUCUGUAGGGUAAGUACAUAUUUUAAUACAUGCAAUUUAUGUUGGGUUAAAGUAUUUAGGAGAUGUCUGAUUUCUUGAUUUGUUUCUUAGUGCCUUCAGAAUGUGUUUGCAUUUCGUGGUGAAUACUAUAUUUCAUGGAGAGACAUCCACACUUUGAACAAUAAUUAGAUGGUCUAUACAAGAAUUACCGAGGCCUAGUGUUUGAUGCUAAAUAGAAUUCAAUCAACUCAAGAUAAUAUCAAUUACUCUACUAUUUUUUGGCAUUGGAUUCACCAUAAGUUCCAUGUUUUUCGAAAAGUAUUACUCUUUUACUUCAUUGUAAUCUAGCAUUUGCUGAGAAUCAUACAAGUUUCAUGUGUAUUACAUAUUGCUUGAAGAUUACUACAUCAUCUUUAGAAGUAUUGCAUAUUCUUUAAAUAGUAUUUCAUGUUCCUUCCAAUAGUUGUAUUUGAGAAACAUUGUUGAACAUAUUGGAGAUGAAGAUAGAAAUGAGAGUUCAAUUAAAGCUUGUUGGUCUAGUUGGAUGAAA